CCCUGAUAGAAUGCAAGUAAACAUGUCUAAAACCUUUUCUCUUUCCCUUCUCUCACUUUGUGUACUUCUCCAUCCCUUCUGGGGAAAGUGCUCAAGUCCCCUUGCUCCUGCUCUCUACAUAUUUGGAGAUUCACUUAUAGAUAGUGGCAAUAAUAAUUUCCUUGCCACACUUUCAAAAGCGAACUAUGCCCCAUAUGGCAUAGACUUCCCACAAGGUCCGACAGGAAGGUUCACCAACGGCAACACUUUUGUAGAUUUUCUAGCUCAAUUUCUUGGGUUACCUUUUGCUCCUCCAUACUUGGGUCUUUCAGUGGCUCAGAAGAGCAACACAACGACUGGAAUAAACUUUGCUUCAGGAUCAGCUGGUAUCCUUACAGAAACAGGAACUGCAAUGGGGAUGAAUUUAGCUCUACAAGAACAAAUUAAGUUGUUCCAAGAAACUGUCAACCUUUACUUACCAGGGAACUUCAAAACUGAAGAUGAGCUCAUGGAGUACUUAUCAAACUCCAUUUUUGUUGUAGACAUAGGCAGCAAUGACUAUAUAAACAACUACCUCCUACCAGAACAGUACACCAGUAGUCAUCUAUAUAGCCCAGAACAAUUUGCUAACAUUCUCUUAAAAGAACUCAAACGACAUUUGCAGGAUCUUUAUAAUCUGGGAGCAAGGAAAUUUUUGGUAUUCAACAUUGCCGACCUUGGGUGUACACCAGGCAUAAUAAUUAGAGAAAACAUUACAAGUGGAUGUGCAGAAGAAAUAAACCAAUUGGCAUACCUUUAUGAUGAGGGUUUUCCUAGUAUGAUACAGAACUUGAGCACUAGUCUUGAGAACUCAACCUUUGUCCAGGGAGACAUUUAUGAGUCGAGCCUUGCCUUAGGCCACAACCCUUUUAAAUCUAUUGCUGAAGCAGGGUUGUUGACAGAUGAAAACCCAUGUUGUACUGCAAGCAAUUCAACUUUCUUAUGCUUUAAAGAUGUUACACCUUGCUUGGAUAGGACUGUGUAUAGCUAUUGAGAUGAUGUUCAUCCAACACAAGAGGUGAACCUGGAGAUUGCAAUUGCUUGCUUCAAUAGUUCAACUAUAUGUACUCCAAUAAAUGUGCAACAGCUUGCAGAGAAACAAGAAGCAGGCACGGCUAUUGAUCAGCAGAGUCAUUCUUCAUCUUGAAGUACUAUUUUGGAAGAUAUGAAAGUACUUAAAUUUGCGUUUUCUCGUUUGGGUUCAGAAGCAAUUAAUAAAGAGUAGACAUAUAUCAACCAAUUUAUGGCAA